AUUCAUGUCCGUUUGGCUUGUGUGUGUGUGUGUGUGUGUGUGUGUGUGUGUGUGUGUGUGUGUGUGUGUGUGUGUGUGUGUGUGUGUGUCAGCUCUGGCGGUGCCGUACCUGCGCAGCGUGGACGUGUCCUGGUGUAAAGUGGUUGCCGGGCGUCUGGCGCUGCUCCUCGACGCUUUGCAGCCGUCGGUCAUCCUGGAGCUCCGCCUCAGCAGCUGUGAGCUCACCACCGAUGACCUGCGUCACCUAGCCGCCGCGUGCAGACGGGGCUUCCUGUCCGCUCUGCGGCUGUUGGAUCUGUCCUACAACGGCUCGGUUGGUGACGACGGCUGGACCGCCCUGUGGGCAGCGGGGGGGCUGGGCUCGCUGGAGGAGCUGGACCUGAGCCUCCGACCCUCGUCCUGCGCCCCGUGCUCGGCCUGGCUGCCGGCGCUGCUCUGCGCCCUGCCUCGACUCCCGGCGCUGGCGCGCCUGGCGCUGCAGCGAUGGGCCGCCGGCUCCCGGGACAGGAAGCAGCUGGACCACAGCCUGAGGAAGAGGAGCGUCCUGCUGGAGUGGGACCCGCCGAGUACAGACGGGGCGGCGUCAUCGUUUAAGGCGACCAAUCGGGACAGUCCGGAGGAGAGUCGGCCGGAGGAGUAGGCGUCAUAAUCUCGGAAGGUGCCUGACAGAAAGCUGCUUAUCUGAAGUCACACGUCACUAAUGAAGGAAUCAGAAAGCAUCACCAGCACUCUGAGAUCCAAACAGAGACACGUAGAGCAGAGUAGAGUAGAGUAGAGUAGAGUAGAGUAUAGCAGAGUAUAGUAGAGUAGAGUAGAGUAGAGUAGAGUAGAGUAGAGUAGAGUAGAGUAGAGUAGAGUAGAGUAUAGUAUAGUAUAGUAGAGUAUAGUAUAGUAGAGAAUA